CACACACACUAAAUUACUUCAGUCGGAUGUCCCCGCGCUGGUUUCCUUCGAUUACAUCGGACGGAGUUGUGAACCGUACCUAGGUACAUAUGUCUUGCCUGACUGGUUCGUCUGAUCUUGUUGCAUUGUCGUUCCUGCGGUGCCAGCUCUACUCCGUAAUAAGCGUCAGUAUGACAGGAUCCACCAGUGACUUAUACGAACUGCUGAGCUGGAUGUAAUAAGACCGGAAGGCCCUUGAACUAACCUUCUCUGGGAGCCAAUUAUGGCAACACCCAGUCAGAGGGAUUACUGCUAAGACUGUCGAUCGCCCGACUUGCAUCCAACAUCCUUCGGACUUCAUUUUCUGGGCGAUGUGAGACCACCUCCGGUCUAAGCAAAAGUCUUGGCAGCCGAGAAACUUGCAGUAGAAGAAGCAUUUUACUCCAUAUCCUUCCCGACGACUUCUGCUGAUCAUUCAAAGUUAAGCUAAUGGAUCACCGAAGGGGAAGUUCCGGACUGUAUGGAUAAAGUAGGGAACAUUGGAGGCUAUAAUACCUACAGCUCGUGAUUUCAAAAAAGUGUCGAUUAUUUGAAUGCAUCACAUACAUCGGUGUUUUAGAGGCUUGGAAGGCAACCAAAAGACAAUAGAUUCUACAGACACCUUAUUUUCGUACGAUAUUGGACUAAAACCUUUCUCCUAGUACCUCGGAACUUUGUUCAAGCGAUCACCAUGGUUCGUUUUGUUCACGAGACAGUCUCCGCCCAGGAGCUCAACGGAUCCUCUACCCACCCACAAGUGCUAGCCCUCGGGCUCCCACGGUGCGCAACAUCGUCCCUGCAAGCGGCCCUCGAGACUCUUGGUUUCACCCCUUGCAUGCACAUGGCGCAUGUCCAACCCAGUGCCGAGCGGCAGCGCCUCGUCACAGCUGCCGCCCAGGAGAAGGACACGACGAAGCGCCGCAAGAUACUCAGCCAGCUGUUCGCAGGCUUUGCCGCCACGGCAGACUUCCCCUCCAUCACCUUUGCCGACGACCUGAUGGACCUUUACCCUGACGCAGCUAUCGUGCUAAAUGUGCGAUCUGGCGGCGCAGCUUCUUGGUAUACCAGUUUCUCGGAAGGGCUGCGCUUCUUUGACUCCUGGCUCUUCUGGGUCGCUACCUUCCUCGUUAGGUCUGACAGGGCCAUGAUGGGUAUGAUGAAGGCUGUGGAUGACCUAUAUAUGGAGAGAUGGGGGUUGACGUUCCGCGACCAGCCGAUCUACGAUAAGCACAAUGAAUGGGUGAGAGAUGAGGCCAGGAAGAGGGGUAGGAAGAUUCUUGAAUUCAAGGCGGAGGAUGGUUGGCAACCCAUCUGCGAAUUAUUGGGCAUCAAGACUCCGCGGACCCCAUAUCCAAGGAUCAAUGACCAGAAGACCAUGAAAAUGGUCAAACGCUUUAUAAUAGGUAGAGGUCUACUUCACUGGGUUGGGUUGUUCGUCGUUCUCUGGGUGAUGAUGCACGUUGGAGUGAUGCUUCCGCAGUCUGGAGUCUCGUUCGUCAAGGCGGAAAAUGUCUAGGUCAUAGAGAAUACAUACCUAGGUAGUGUGGG